AUGCUUAAACAUGGUCGUGCUGGAGUACCUAUGGAGGUCAUGGGUCUUAUGUUAGGUGAAUUUGUGGACGAUUACACAGUACGUGUAAUUGACGUAUUUGCAAUGCCUCAGACUGGUACUGGUGUGUCUGUUGAGGCUGUUGAUCCUGUAUUUCAAGCUAAAAUGUUGGACAUGUUAAAGCAAACUGGACGUCCUGAAAUGGUUGUAGGAUGGUAUCAUUCACAUCCUGGUUUUGGUUGCUGGUUAUCUGGAGUAGACAUAAAUACUCAGCAGUCAUUUGAAGCACUGUCAGAGCGUGCUGUAGCUGUUGUUGUUGAUCCCAUACAAUCUGUAAAGGGCAAAGUUGUUAUUGAUGCAUUCCGUCUCAUUAAUCCCAACAUGAUGGUUCUUGGACAGGAACCAAGACAGACUACGUCAAACUUAGGGCACCUUCAGAAACCUUCAGUACAGGCUCUCAUACAUGGCCUCAAUCGCCACUAUUACUCAAUUAGCAUAAAUUACAGAAAAAAUGAGCUGGAGCAAAAAAUGUUGCUAAAUCUCCAUAAAAAGUCAUGGAUGGAUGGCCUAACAUUAUUAGACUACAAAGAACAUUGUGCUGUGAAUGAGACCACAGUAUCUGAAAUGUUGGAGCUGGCAAAGAACUAUAACAAGGCAUUAGAAGAUGAAGAGAAAAUGACCCCUGAGCAAUUGGCUAUCAAAAAUGUUGGCAAACAAGAUCCUAAGAGACAUUUAGAGGAGAAAGUGGAUGUUCUUAUGUCAAAUAACAUUGUGCAAAAUCUAGGAGCAAUGUUAGACACAAUGGUAUUCAAA